AUGAGUUCUGGGAUAUGGUGAGUGAUUUUGGUUUUUGAGGGCUUUAAUAGGUUAUCAUUACGAGUUUUUCAUUUUUUGUUCCAUUUUUAUGCUUAGGCUUGCGUAAUUUAGGUUGAGGCACACAUUUUUAGGCUUAGGCUUAUGUAAUUUAGGCUUAUACAAGCAUUUUUAGUCUUAGACUUGUGCAAUUUAGGCUUAUGCACACAUUUUUAAGCUUAGACUUGCGCAAUUUAGGCUUAUGCACACAUUUUUAAGCUUAGACUUGCGCAAUUUAGGCUUAUGCACACAUUUUUAGGCGUAAGUUUUUGUAAUUUUGGCUAAAAAUUAUACUUUAAAAAUUCGUUGUGUAAAAUACGAUUUUUCAAUUAUCUUGGUUUACAGGAGCGAUAUUCUGGAAGAUGAACGGAAUCAAAAGCAGCGGCAGGAGUUUGGCAAUGUUAUUGUACAUGGUAUGUUGUCUUUGAGUUAACGUAAAGUGCUUGUUUUUGAAUAUUUUUUGAAAGUUCUUUUUAUGUUGUUUUUAGAAUACUCUGUAGAACACUAUUUUUUAAUUUAUUCUAUUUAAAAAUGGCAUUUUAAGCCUAAAAAUUUGAAAAAACCUUAAAUUUUGGCUCUUUUUAAGCAUAAAAUCCAUAAAAAACGUCAUAAUUACGUCAUUAUAGGUGCAAAUACUGCAAAAAUAGCGAAACUUUUGGACCGUCUAUGUGGCCACGAUUCGGCCGAUGGUCAGAUCUACAUAUUGAACUACCUCAGUGUAUAUACGAAGCAGGAAUCGACCAGAAUCCGGUCGACUUUGAAGUUCACUCAUAUCUCUUUCAACUUUGCCGACUUUUUGAAACUUUCAUUGUGUCCCAACAUGAAACACAAUGCCAAUAUGAUUGUACUUGAUUGUGAUGAACCUGGAGUGACUAUGGCACAGUUGCGAAGGUACUAUCUGGAGAUGGCAGAGUUUUAUACGGGUAUUUAUGGUGAAGAUACGGUGGAGGAGAGACGAGUAUACAGUAAGUUGUUGGGUAGAAUGGUUUUUUUUGGAAAAGUGGCAAGAACUUUUUUUACAAAACAUAAAAUGGCAAGAACUUUCUUUACAAAAUCUAAAAUGGUAAGAACUUUGUUUACAAAACAAAAAAUGGCAAAAAGCAUGUUUAUCGUAUAACUUGUCUCUCGCAGCCUGCAAAUCUCCUGAUUUUUUUCUGCCAGAAAUGGCAAGAACUUUCUUUACAAGACAUAAAAUGGCGAAAACUGAUUUUCAGAACGACAAACAUAUGAACAUCUUUAUAAUGACAUGACAUUUUGUACCGAAUAUUGUGGUACUGAUAUUGUAGUAGUCCUAUUGGACUGGGACAACGACGUACUCAAGUUUGACGAACAUAACAAACUAUUAUAUCAAGUACGAGAGUUUUGUCAUGUACAUGGUGCUGCUUUGGUAUGUUGGGGUAGGGUGUGGUAAAAAAUUUGAGGUAGAAGUUAAGGGGGGGGGAAAGAAUGUAGGCUACGGUAAGGUAGUGUAAGGACAGGAAAGAGCAGGCUAGGGCAGGGUAGGGUGGGUUACGAUAGGUUAAGGUAGGGUAAAGUGAGGUAAGGUAGGUUACGGUAGGGUGCGUUACGGUAGGGUAGAGUAGGGUGGGUUACGAUAGGUUAAGGUAGGGUAAGUGAGGUAAGGUAGGUUACAGUAGGGUGCGUUACGGUAGGGUAGAGUAGGGUAGGGUAGGGUAGAGUCAGGUAGGUUAGGGUAGGGCAAGGUAGGUUACGGUAGGGUAGAGUAUGGUACGGUGCUGUAGGGUACGGUACUUUUCGAUUUGCCUUUCCAGGUAAGCCUAUCCCUUCAAAACGAAUCUACUAUAACCUCCCUCCGCGAAUACCUCUUCCAUCUAAUUCUGGACCAGCCCCUGCCAUUACAUACCAACCUCUCCAACAUAUCCGACUGUUUCAUACCAAUCGGCGGAGAUUCGGCGCAGAGUCUUCGCGAAACCCUCGAAAUCUACUCAAAUCUCGACAUCCAAUUCCCAUUACCUCAACCACCGACCGGUCGAUUCGUGGACAAAGACAAGGUGAUGUGGGAUGAGGAGGAACAACAGUUUCUGUUGAAGAUGCAGAAGGUAUUGACUUCAGAAGCCAAGGAGCUGCACGGUGAAGUGAGGAAGGUGACGAGGAUGAGUGUUAAGGAAGAGUUCGAGAAGUUGUUGGAAGAAACCAGGACCAAAGCUUAG